CCUUUUGUUUAUCGUGGUUUCGUCCCCCCCCCCACGCUUCCAUCGUGAUGUUUCACUGCAUCCCCCUGUGGCGGUGCAACCGUCACGUUGAGACGGUCGAUAAGCGCCACUGCUCCCUGCUCUAUGUUCCCGAUGAGAUCUAUCGCUACUCGCGGAGUUUGGAGGAGCUGCUGCUGGAUGCCAACCAAAUCCGAGACCUGCCCAAGCCAUUUUUCCAACUGGUAAAACUCAGAAAACUUGGCCUAAGUGACAAUGAGAUCCAAAGACUUCCAGCGGAAAUUGGCAACUUUAUGCAGCUGGUAGAGCUGGAUGUGUCUCGAAAUGAUAUUAUGGAAAUUCCAGAGACCAUUUCGUGCUGCAAAUUCCUCCAAGUGGCAGAUUUCAGUGGUAAUCCAAUAACGAGGUUACCUCAAAGCUUUCCUGAGCUUCGUAAUCUAACAUGCCUGACCAUCAACGAUAUUUCUUUACAGGUUCUUCCAGAAAACUUUGGAAACCUUUCCAAUUUGAUGUCACUAGAACUCAGAGAAAAUCUGUUGACAUUCCUACCAGAGUCACUAUCUCAACUUCACAAACUUGAAGAACUUGACCUCGGUAAUAAUGAACUAUACAAUUUGCCUGAAUCAAUAGGCUGUCUCAUCAGCUUAAAGGACUUAUGGCUGGAUGGAAACCACUUGAAAGAAAUACCCGCAGAGAUGGGCAACAUUAAAAGCCUGUUGUGUCUGGAUGUAUCAGAAAACGAGCUGGAGUUUCUUCCAGAGGAGUUGGGUGGCCUGGUGUCGCUCACCGACCUACUAGUCUCUCAAAACUCCAUUGAAUCUAUUCCAGAAAGCAUAGGAAAACUACAGAAACUUUCUAUACUAAAAGCCGACCAGAAUAGAAUAACAUAUCUCCCAGAAAGCAUUGGUAACUGUGAAAGACUUACAGAACUUGUGCUCACAGAGAAUCAACUACAGACCUUGCCGCGAAGUAUUGGGAAGUUGAAGCGAUUGUCCAACCUAAACUGUGACAGAAACCAGCUAACAUUUUUACCUAAAGAGAUCGGAGGCUGCAGUGGUCUAAAUGUCUUCUGCGUUCGAGAAAACAGACUGAUGAAGAUACCGUCAGAGCUGUCACAAGCCACAGAGCUUCAUGUGUUUGACGUUUCCGGAAACCGUCUCUCCUACUUGCCGUACUCGCUGACCACGCUGCGGCUGAAGGCCCUGUGGUUGUCAGAAAACCAGUCGCAGCCGCUCCUCACCUUCCAGACGGAUAAGGACCCCGAAUCGGGCGAGAAGGUGCUCACCUGCGUUCUGCUGCCUCAACAGCCCUGCGAAUCGGACCUCAAAGGUUCUGACAAUCUCGCCCGCUUUGGAGCCCUGGAGAGUUUGGUGAACGGCAUGGCGGAUGACACGUGGGACAACAAAGCCAUGAACAGAACCAGCGCCAUUCACUUCCUAGAUGCAGAUGAUGACGAGGACGAUGAUGAAAAGGGAAUAUUGCUCCGACGGGCCACACCGCACCCUGGUGAACUGAAAACGAUGAAGAAGGCAGUCGAGAACCUCCGCAACGACCUGAUCGCAGCCAAAGCCCUGGACUCCAAUAAAAACGAGGUCAAUAACGCUGCAGAGAGAGUGACGACGUCUGUGUGACCUUUACCUCAGAAAUCUGACGUUUUUUGUUUUUUGCCUUUUGCCUUUUGCCUACUGUGUCUCCCUGAAUUUUUUCCGCACAACCCUGCAACCCUUUGUUUUUUGUGUUUUUUUUUUUUUUUACACUUUUUACCCAUUCUCGUGUGAUGAAACCGUGGAACACCUGUAACCUUACUCCGUCUCCAGUCCUGUGGAAAACGUGCUCAGUCUAUCCGGGCCACAGUGCCUUCCUCUGUUUUUUAAAUGUCUACAGCAAUAAUCUGCACAAAAAUGCUCAUUUAAAAAUAUUUUAAAGAUUAUGUUACUUAAAGCAAUUCUUUAAAAAAAAUCAUUAGGUA